GAAUUUUUUUUUAAAUUUUCAAUUUCCCGCCGCCCGUAUGUCCCGACGUCACAGGGACUGGAACACAGAAGCCGGAUACCAGCAUCAGCCGGAGGAGAUGGCCGGGGAUGCUGCAGGGGACGCAUCGCGGGAGCGAAGGACAAGGUAAGUGCUGGAGGGACUCCCUAUGCAGCGCCGCAUGGUAAGCCCGAGUGUAGCUAGGGGUUACCACUUUUGGUACAGAAACUUUACCCCGAGCUACACUCGGGAAUACCGCCAGGGAGUGCUAGAAAUGGGCCUAAUGGGGUAUAUUUACUAAAAUUGGAGAGUGCAAAAUUUGGUGCAGCUCUGCACAGAAACCAAUCAGCCAGUCCAGGUUUUAUUGUCAAAGCCUAAUUGAACAAGCUGAAAUUGAAGCUGAUUGGCUUCCAU